AUGAUUACCCGAAAGGCUUGGGCGGCUGUAGCUGCCGGAUGUACGACUGUCUGGGAACCUGCAGGCGAGACACCGCUGAGCUGCAUUGCCCAGGCGGUGUUGACCAAGGAGGCUGGAUUUCCCCAGGGUUCCAUCAAUAUCGUCUUGACAUUGGACAGGGUUGCCGAGGUCGGGGAGGCAUUCUGCAAAAGUCUGCAGGUCCAGAAGAUCAGCUUCACCGGGAGCACCCGCGUUGGGAAGCGACUUGCCGAGCAGUGCGGUCAAACUCUUAAUAAGCUCUCUCUCGAACUUGGAAGCACUAGCCCGUUAAUCGUAUUCGAAGACGCAGACCUUGAUCGCGCGGUGGAGAUUCUGAUGCUCGCGAAACUUCGCAAUUCCGGGCGGACCUGUGUGACGCCCAACCGGAUGCAAAACGUCGAGAGCGGCGAAGUCAUUUUAGGAGGUUCUUUGCUACCUGAGCUGGGCGGCAAUUUCAUACAACCUACGUUGAUGACCAACAUGAAGCAGGAAAUGAUCACCACCCGUGAGGAAGUGUUCGCUCCCGUCCUAGGACCAUAUCAGUUCGGGGACGAAACCGAGGCGAUUACACUGGCGAACAGCUCAAAUGUCGGCCUCGGAAGCUUUGUUAUAACUGAGAGCAUCAUUCGUAGUUACAUGGUCGGCAUCAACGUUGGUAGUCUGAGUGCCUGCGAAAGCGGGUACAGGCGAGAAGGUGGUGAGGUAGGGAUCAACGAGUAUAUGGCGGUGAAGUCCAUUUUGGUCGGUAUCUCUUGA